GGGUAAAAUGGCUGUAUGUAGCUGAGCCUCGUGUUGGUUGGGUUAGCUCCCUGCCUCUACCCGGGCUCGGUAACACAACUCCCACAACAAUUUCUGUCGCUUCUCUACGCAUUGUAUGGAGCCUCCAUCACCUCUCUAACUCUACUUUUGGAGCUGAAGCCGGGGGAGAUGGCAGCCGGAUUCGGUCCGGAAUGAAGGGAUAGGAAUGAUUCGAUUCAAGGAUUGAUGGUUUUAAACAAUUAUUUAUAUUCAAUGCUAGCUUUUGAUUGUGACUGACUCGGCGAGAGAGAGGGAGAGAGUUGGGGGGGGGUAUAUCAUGGCCGCUCAGGUCGCCACUCUUAACACUAGUCCGCCUUCUGAACUUAAAAAGCCGGAUCGGGACCCGAAGGAAGAUACGGUUCCAGGGGACAAGCAGUCCGACAAAAAGCAGCCGUGUUUGGACAGCGAAUCGCCGGGCCGGGGAGAUCUGCAGGACGGGGCCGACGGUGGAAAUGCAGGGGGAGGAGGGGAACCAGAGAUGAAGAACGGGAAUGGGAACCCGCCCAGGGUUAAUAAUAAUACCCCGAAUGACUCUGUGGGACCGGAGGGAAACAACCACCCCGGGUUCGUGCAUCACCACGGUCCCACUUUCUCUCCGCCUUCGUACGGAUACAGUCAGCACUACGGUCGGCCCGCUUUUCAUCAAUAUGGCGGACAACAAAGCCCUGGCAUGGCAGCUGCUGCGGGUCCGGGUGUGCAGUCGAGCAACAUGAUGGACCCGUAUCAACCCAAUUCACACGAGCAUGGCUUCUCGAAUCACCAGUUUAACAACUACAACCCAUUCCCGAACAGGACUCCACACCCGGGCCAGGCGUUCGGCAUGAACUCCCCUCGCAGCGCUCAGGCGCCGACAGCUGGGGGCCAGCCAGCUAAGCAGCAGCCACCGCCGGGAGGACCCACGGCGAUGGCUGGAUCUUACAGUAACCAGAGAUAUAACAUCGGAAAUCCCCAACCAACAUCCACACCGACGCUCAACAAGCUCCUGACCUCUCCCAGCUCAACACGGGGGUAUCCAAACUAUCCGUCUGGUGGCGACUACAGCAGCCAGGAAGGAGCUAGUAAGGGACCAGCAGAUAUGGGCAGCAGCGGUCAGUACGCAGGGAGCAACCCAGGCUGGCAACAAAGAACCCAUCACCCGUCGCCCAUGAGUCCGGGGAGUGCUGGGCAGCCUCUAGCCAGAAACCAGCCUCCUGGUCCUAUGGAUCCAAUGGGGAAAAUUAGAGGUCAGCCAUAUGGAGCAGGCAGUCCGUACAUCCAGCAGUCUCAACAGGUGCCUCCUACAGGUCCUCAGUCUGGGCCUGGGUAUCCUGGCCAGGGUUACGGCACACCAGGGCCACAGCGAUACCCAGUAGGCAUGCCAGGUCGUACACCAGGAAGCAUGAGUGCCAUGCCCUACGGUCCACAGAUGGGAUCUUAUGGCCAACAGGGACCAGGAGCCUACGGCUCUCAGGGCCAGGCGCCGUAUUACAACCAGCCAGGUCAGGCUCCGCAUCAGAGCCAGCAGCAAUCCCUUUACUCCCAGCAACAACCCGGUCAGCCUGGGCGGCAGUCGCCUUACCCUGGGCAGCCCCACCCUCCGUCUUCAGCUCCACACAACCAGGGGGGACCACCCUAUCAACAGCCCCACAUGCCCCCACAGUCCCAGGGUCCCCUGCCUGGCCCGUCCCAAGGCGCCCCCCAGUCUCAGCCGCCUUACUCUCAGGCGCCUGCCACGCAGCCCAGCCAGUCUCCGUACGGCCAGCAGCAGGGGCCUCCCACUCAGACUGCACAGCAGCCAAGUUCCCAGGCUCCCCCCGGAUCCCAAGGCCAAUCCAGCUACCCAGGGUCUUCACAAGGCCCCCAGCAGGCCCCUCCGCAGCAGCAACAGCAGGCGCAGUCCCACCCGCAGCAGCCACCGGGACACGGCCAGCAUCCACAGGGGCCGCCUGCAGCCUACCCGCCAAACACUCAGCAGCAGCAGCAAGCACAGCAGUCACCUUAUCAGCGCUUUCCUCCUCCACAACAACAGGAGAUAUCCCAGGACUCGUUUCAGUCCAAUGCCCCUGCAUCCUCUCAGCCCAAAUCUGGUCCAGAGGACGGUCAAGGCCGUCCAUCCAGCCUUCCGGACCUGUCCGGGUCGAUCGACGACCUGCCGACGGGCACGGAGGGCGCCCUGAGUCCUGGCGUUAGCACGUCUGGCGUGUCGAGCAGCCAGGGAGAGCAAAGUAACCCAGCCCAGUCGCCCUUCUCUCCGCACACGUCUCCCCACCUGCCAGGCAUCCGAGGCCCCUCGCCUUCUCCAGCUGGCUCCCCCGCCAGCGCCAGCACUCCCCGCACAGGCCCGCUGUCACCCGCCAACUUGCCAGGGACCCAGAUGCCUCCGAGGCCAUCCAGCGUUCACUCGGAUGGGACGCUGCACCCUGCAAUGAGCCAGUCUCCAAUGGCGCAGGACAGAGGAUUCAUGCAGCGAAACCCUCAGAUGCCUCCCUACGUAUCCCCCCAGUCGGCCUCUGCACUGUCACCUCGCCAGUCCUCUGGAGGACAGAUGCAUCCUGGGAUGGCGCCUUAUCAGCAGAACAACUCCAUGGGUGGCUAUGGGCAGCAGGGAGGACAGUACGGUCCCCAAGGUUAUCCCCGCCAACCAGCCUAUGGGAACAUGCCCAAUGCCAACUACCCUGGCCCAGGCAUGGGCUCCAUGAACCCCAUGGCGGGCCAGGGGGGAGGCCCGCCGUAUGCUGGCAUCCCUCCAGGGAGAAUGCCUCCGAAUCAAAUGGGGGCUCGUCCCUACGGCCCCAAUAUGGGCCCUAGCAUGGGUCCAAACAUGCCUCCGAACAUGGGCAACAUGCCACCCCAGGUCAGUUCAGGAAUGUGCCCACCUCCAGGAAUGAACAGAAAGCCCCAGGAUCCUGCAGCCAUGCAGCACCCCUCCAGCAACUCCAUGCUCAACAGAAUGCCCGGGUACCCCAACAUGUCGCAAGGCAUGAUGGGGUCCGGUCCACCGUAUGGCCCACCGAUGAACAGCAUGCCUGGAAUGAUGAACACUCCAGGUGGAUCGCCUUAUCCCAUGGGGCCAAACAUGGCCAACAACACAAGUGGUAUGGCUCCUAGCCCAGAAAUUAACAAUAAGAUGAAUAACAAAGUAGAUGGCGGUGCAACACCAAAGCCAGAAUCAAAAUCAAAGAAGUCCAACUCAUCCACUACAACGUGUGAAAAGAUAACACGCCUCUAUGAGCUGGGACCAGAACCAGACAGGAAGCUUUGGGUGGACCGUUACUUGGCCUUUGUGGAUGAGAAAGCCAUGGGCAUGACCAACCUGCCCGCUGUGGGGCGCAAGCCUCUCGACCUCUUCCGGCUCUACGUCUCCGUUAAAGAAAUCGGAGGAAUGAUGCAGGUGAAUAAAAAUAAGAAGUGGCGUGAUCUAGCCACCACUCUGAAUGUGGGUACAUCCAGCAGUGCUGCCAGUUCUUUGAAGAAACAGUACAUCCAGUGUCUGUAUGCCUUCGAGUGUAAAAUAGAACGUGGUGAAGAUCCUCCUCCUGAGAUCUUCACAGACAACAAAAAGAACCAGGCUGCUAAAGUCCAGCCCCCCUCUCCAGCAUCCCUCUGCUCCACAGCUGGGUCAGGGUCCCUUCAGGGUCCACAAACGCCCCAGUCCACCAGCAGCUCAAUGGCUGAGGGGGGCGACCUUAAGCCCCCCACGCCGGCAUCCACUCCCCAUACCCAAAUGCCCCCCAUGCCACCUGGCCCUAGGAGCAGUGUAAAUCUGCAAGACCCCUUCUCGGACGGAAGCGACCCCGCUUUUCCCAGAAAGAACAUGACUCCCAACUCCACCUAUCAGCCCGGCAUGAACACAGCAGACUUGCCAGGCCGAAUGGGCCCCUACGAACCCAACAAGGACCCCUUCAGUAACAUGCGGAAAGUCGGGGAGCAGUUUCUGCCUGCUAACCAGGGCCCUAACAACGUUGUGGGUGACCAGCAGCAGCCGCCACAACAACAGCCUCCAUUCAACAGAGGACCGCCUGGGGCCAUGGGCACAAUGCCAAUGGGGCCCAGACAACAGUAUCCCUAUGGACCAGGCUAUGACAGGAGACCAGAGCAAGGAAUGUGCCCAGAGGGCAACAUGGGAUCUGGACCUCCUCAGCCAAACCCGAUGAUGCCUGCCAACACCGACACGGGGAUGUAUUCUCCAAAUCGCUUCCCACCACAACAGCCACGACAUGAUUCCUAUGGAAAUCAGUAUCCUGGACAAGGAACGCCCCCUACUGGUUCCUACCCAAAUCAGCAGCCUGGAAUGUACCCACAACAGGGUUAUAAGCGUCCUGUGGAGGGAGGGUACCCCCCAUCAAAACGCCAUGAGGCAGAGUACAGCAGUUCUUUCCCUGGUGGACAGCAAGGACCGCAGCAGCAGCAACAGGGUGGCACCGCUGCUCCAUCAUCAGGACAGCAGGAGCCGUACAAUCAGUACAGCAGCAGCGGGCCCUACCCUGGCCCUGACCGCCGUCCACCUGGCCCCAGCAAUCAGUUCCCAUUUCCUUUUGGUCGAGAACGGAUGCAGGGAGCAACUGGGCCCAAUGCUCAGCCUAACAUGCCUCCUCAGAUGAUGCAGUCGGGGCCCGAGGGUCCUCAAGGGGGCAUGUGGCAGGGACCUCGAGACAUUAACUAUCAGAAUUACCCUAGACAAGGUGGACCUGGGGGGCCAACUCAGGGACCCGGCUACCAUGGCAUGAACCGCCCUGACGAAAUUAUGCAAUCAGACCAGCGGAUGAAUCACGAUGGCCAGUGGGGGGCCCAGAUGGGCCCUCGGCAGCCUCCCUACGGUCCAGCCGGGCCUGGACAGCCCAUGCCUCGUUCAGUCCAGACCAACUACCAGCCCCCUCAGGGUGUGCAGAACCACAUUCCACAGGUGUCGAGCCCCGCCUCCAUACCCCGCCCCAUGGAGGCUCGGACAUCACCGAGCAAAUCUCCUUACACGCACGGAUUGAUGAAGAUGCAAAAGGCUGGCCCCCCGGUACCUGCAUCCCACAUUGUGCCCCCUCCAGUGCAGUCACCUCUAAUAAGGCGAGACAUGCCUUUCCCCCAGGGUUCUGUCGAAGGAACACUUCCUGUCCUUAAACCACGACGGAGACUCACCAUGAAAGAUAUUGGAACCCCGGAAGCCUGGAGAGUCAUGAUGUCCUUAAAGUCUGGUUUAUUGGCUGAAAGUACAUGGGCCUUAGAUACCAUCAAUAUUCUGCUGUAUGAUGACAACAGUAUAUCAACCUUCGAUCUCAACACGUUACCUGGGCUGCUGGAGUUGGUCGUGGAGUAUUUCAGGCGCUGCCUGAUAGAAAUCUUCGGUAUUCUGCGGGAGUAUGAAGUUGGGGACCCUGGUCAGAGGACUCUGCUCGAUCCUGAUGCCUUGAAACGGGACCUGGACAACCUGGAAGAAGAGCAACCACGGUUUGAGGACAUGGAACAAGAGGAGACAGACGACGAAGAGAAGGAGGAACACGAAAUGGAGCGGUCUGUUCCCGUGAAGGAGGAGGAAGACCAAGAGCCAUGCUCGCAAAGUCGAAAUGAGAAGACACAAGAAGAGAGGAGGAGCAAGGGUUCGUCAUCUGAACAGACGGGCUCUGUGCAAUCUCUGCCUGCCCAUGAGAAACCCAAACAGGCCAGCAAGUUUGACAAAUUUCCAGUUAAGGUGGUACGAAAAAGAGACCCGUUUGUGGCUGCCCAGUUAAAUAAUCAUGGUAAAGUUCAAGAGUUUGACAGCGGGCUAAUUCACUGGAGCGCGGGAGGGGGCGACUCAACAGAACACAUCCAGACCCUCUUUGAGCCUCGCAAGAACUUCUUAGAGCCACGACAACGGAUACCCGUGCCUUCAGCUCUACUGAAGCGUCGGCCGCUGGAUGAAGACAUACGGGGAAGUUGUUUGCCAACUGAGGAAGACAGAAUGAAGCAUCACGAUGAAGAAGAAAGGCCAAAACAGAGCAGUUUGUCAGAAAAAUCAACAGACUCUGAGAAAGCUGGCUUAACAGUUGGCAAUGACGAGGAGCAACCGUCUGAUUCAGAGACGAAGCUGGCUGAGAAAGGGCCUAAAAGUCACCAAGAGAAUAAUAGACCCAUUCUGGCUUCUGGAAGCAUUUUCAACCAACAGGCACAGCAGACUGGCACCAUCCUAGAAGAUGAGCCUCACAGUAAAGACGAAGGGCCGCUCGUCACACUGUCCGACUGGCAGGACUCGCUGGCACGUCGCUGUAUUUGUGUCUCGAAUAUUGUCCGCAGCCUCUCCUUUGUGCCAGGAAAUGACCACGAGAUGUCCAAACAUCCCGGACUGCUGCUCAUACUCGGACACCUGAUACUGCUCCACCACUGGCACCCUGAGCGCAAGCAGGCCCCUCUCACCUACGAGAAGGACGAGGAUUCAGAUGAGGGAGUAGGCCAGAAGGAUGAGUGGUGGUGGGACUGCUUGGAGAUCUUGAGAGAGAACACGCUGGUCACUAUGGCAAACAUUUCAGGUCAACUAGACCUUUCCACCUACCCUGAGAGCAUUUGCCUACCCCUGCUGGAUGGUCUUCUCCACUGGGCGGUGUGCCCCUCGGCAGAGGCCCAGGACCCCUUCCCAACCCUGGGCCCCCAUAGUGCUUUGUCACCUCAGAGACUGGUCCUGGAGACUCUUAGCAAACUGAGCAUUCAAGAUAACAAUGUGGACCUCAUCCUGGCCACUCCCCCUUUCAGUCGGUUGGAGAAGCUGUAUGGGAACUUGGUGCGGUUAAUUGGAGACAGGAAGGUUGCAGUUUGCAGGGAGAUGGCUGUCGUCUUACUGGCCAACCUGGCCCAGGGUGACACUACUGCAGCCCGAGCAAUUGCUGUCCAGAAGGGCAGUGUGGGCAACUUGCUCGGCUUCCUGGAGGACUCUCUCGCUGCCACCCAGCUACAACAAAGCCAGAGCUCUCUGCUGCACCUACAAGGGAUGCCCUUCGAGCCCACCAGCCCGGACAUGAUGCGACGAGCUGCCCGGGCUCUGCACGCCUUAGCCAAGGUGGAGGAGAACCACUCGGAGUUUACACUACACGAGUCGCGACUUCUCGACCUUUCUGUGUCUCCCCUAAUGAACUCGCUGGUUUCUCACGUUAUCUGUGAUGUACUCUUUUUGAUCGGCCAGUCAUGACAGCUGUAGGGAGCUGUGGCUCCACUUGUUUGAGGGGUUUGUUCUCCAGUCCCCCUCCUCCCUGGGAAUAAAAAAGAAAAAAAAUCUGGCUUGUGCGUGUAAAACUGGGCAAGGACAGUUCAUGUGACUGGCUUUAAUUUAUAAAAAAUGUUUAAAAAAUCCUUCAGAUUACAUUCAGCGUGCCCUUCACAGGCCAACCCUACUUAAGAGAGGGCGAUCACGGAGCUGCUGCGGACUGCGAACCAGAGAGAUGCCGACAAAGGGACACUGCUCGCAAGCCUGAACGCCAACCGGAUGAUACAGAGCCGAGAGCGCCAUUGUUGGGAGACUGUUCUGCACUUGGGGAGGGGGUGUGGGGGUGAGAGUUCUUUUUAAUAAAGAUAAAUAAAUGAUUAAAUAAAUAAAUAGCUGAAAAACAAAAACUGUAACCAAAGUUGCUGUCUCGUUUACAGUGAGUUUGGGAGACGCAGUGUGCCCUAGCUCUCCCCUUGAGGGGCACAGUGAGUCUGUAACUGAGGUGAAACAGACUGACAAGUGACCUACUGGUUGUAGAUGCUGUAGUUGGAUCCUCACCAGUCAGCCCGACAGUAGACCGUGCUGUCAAUAAACACCUUCACCGGGGAGGCCUGUGCAGUGUGCAGUAGAUUGUAGGACAUUUUCUGUGCCGUACUGCUCUUUGAGUGUAAGCAUUCUGUAAACUAUGUUUCACACAGAAGCUGAUGAGCUAGAGUUCUGAGGUCAUUUUAGUUUGGUGUUGAACAGAAAAUGGCUUUCUUCCCCAAAGUAUCAAGAACCUACAACACCCUUACCUCCUCUUAUCCCUUGAUUGUAUGAAUACCCUUAUGAAAAGAAAUCACCUCUUAGGACUGGUUUUCAACUUCAGAUACAGCUUUGCUGUGGUGUAUAUAUAAUGUUGUACAUUAUACUUCCUUCCUCUCUGUCUGUCUCUGUCUGUGUCACUAUUCUCACACUUGCUAUUGGUGAGAGACGGAGGCAGACUCUUCGGUUUGCCAGCGACCUCCGGCCCCCACUGAUUAGACCCACUCCUCUGGUCUCCUCCACAGCUCCGUAGUAUGGCAGACACGGCUCAAACUUGUUAUAUCCUGGUACAAACAAGAAUAAACUAGAUGAAGUACACAUUUGACAAAUUUUCUCCAGUCAUGAAUUCUGCAUAUUUGUAUUUCAGACUAUGUAGCUAAGACAAACAUGUAAAUUCCUCCCUUUCCCCUUUUUUGGCUCAAGGAAUAUCAUUUAUUCAGUAUGAAAUCUUUAUACUAUAUGUUCCACGUGGUAAGAAUAAAUGUACAUCAAAUCUUC